AUGAUCCCAUUCUCCGGGGGAUCAAGCUUAGAAGGCAACUUCUCUGCUCCGUUUGGCGGUAUGAGCAUCGACUUUGCACACAUGGAUAAGAUCGUGAAACUACACAAGGACGACCUAGACGUCGUCGUCCAGCCGUCUAUCCAGUGGAUGGAUCUCAAUGAGCAGAUCAAAGAGCAUGGUCUCUUCUUCCCAAUCGACCCUGGCCCGUCUGCUAAGAUUGGAGGCAUGAUCGGAACUAAUUGCAGUGGCACUAAUGCCGUCCGCUACGGAACCAUGAAGGACUGGGUUAUCAACUUGACCGUCGUCCUUGCUGAUGGACGAGUGAUAAAAACAAGGAAGCGCCCUCGAAAGAGCUCCGCGGGAUAUAACUUGGCGGGGAUCUUUGUUGGCUCAGAGGGCACUCUCGGACUUGUUACGGAGGCUACUCUUAAGUUGGCUGUCAUACCGGAGGAGACAAGAGUCGGGAUUGCGACGUUCCCAUCUAUACGAGAUGCCGCUAACGUGGCGAUGGGAGUUAUUCGCUCUGGCGUGCAGGUCCAGUGUGUUGAGAUUCUGGACGAUGUUCACAUGGAUAUUAUCAACCGGGCUGGCGGGACAAACAGGACUUGGAAGGCCGCCACGACACUCUUCUUCAAAUUCUCUGGCACCCGCAACGGUGUCGCAGACUCGAUCAGCAGGACGAAGACGAUUGCGAGUGAGAAUAAUAGCACAUCCUUUGAAUUCGCCAAGACGGACAAGGAGGGCCAUGAGCUGUGGUCCGCCAGAAAGCAGACUCUCUGGAGUAUGCUGGCCCUCCGGAAAGAAGGGUCGGACGACGUCUGGUCCACCGAUGUCGCUGUUCCUCUUUCCAGGCUGCCCGAUAUCAUCGAGCUGUCGAAGAAGGACCUGGACGAGCUAGAAUUGUUCGCUGGUAUCAUCGGCCAUAUCGGCGACGGAAACUUCCACGAAGGAAUAAUAUAUAAUAAGAAGAACCCGGAAGAGGUGGCGAAGAUCGAAAAGUGCGUCCAUGAUAUGGUCGAUCGUGCUUUGGAGAUGGAUGGAUCUUGCACGGGCGAACACGGCAUCGGCCUGGGAAAGAAGAAAUACCUGGCCAAGGAGCUGGGGAUAGACACGCUCAACGUCAUGCGGAGCAUUAAGCGGUCUCUGGAUCCGUUAUGGCUAUUAAACCCAGGCAAGAUUUUCGAUGCUACUCCCAGCGAAGAGGAGAUAAAGGGGAAAAAAUGA